AUGGAAAACAGCCUUUAUGAGCUGCAGAAGAUUCUUGAGAAAAGGGGAGUCCCAGGGUUUCCAUCUCUUUUGCCGCACGAACUUAGAGAUUUGGAAACAGCCCACUGCCUAGAGAAGCUAUGUGAAGAGAUGCUUUGCGAGGUUUCCAGAAACAACAAUCUGAUGCCCAUUCUUUCGUUUAUAACUGGGCUUCCUGUUGAGGUCGACAUAGAAGAGAUUGAGCGGCUUCUGGCUGGGAAGAAACCGGUAAAAGGCGAUUUCUUCAAGAUUGGCCAUUGCCCGCGCUCCUUGCCUUUGGAAAAGGAUGAAUACCCGGGGUUUGUAACUGGAGGUGGGAACAAGAUUAUUAAGAAAGAUCAAAAAGACAAGAAUGAGGUAGAUGGGGAAUGUAACGUAGAGAGCUAUAUAGUGGAUAGAAUCAGAAAUGAAAUUCUAGAAAAGACCGUGGAUGUCAAGUGGGAUGACAUAAUUGGGCUGAAGGAUGUCAAGAAAGCCAUUAACGAGAUUGUUCUUUGGCCUAUGCUGAGACCAGACCUGUUCACAGGACUUCGGGGGCCUCCAAAAGGACUCCUUCUGUUUGGGCCUCCUGGAACAGGGAAGACCAUGAUAGGCAAAUGUAUUGCAAGUCAAUGCAAGGCAACUUUUUUCUCUAUAAGUGCAUCGUCACUAACAUCAAAAUGGGUUGGAGAGGGGGAGAAGAUGGUUAGAGCGUUGUUUUACUUGGCAAGAUCGAUGCAGCCAUCGGUUGUGUUUAUUGAUGAAAUUGACUCACUUCUUUCUCAGAGAAGCGACAAUGAGAAUGAGGGAAGCAGAAGGAUCAAGACAGAGUUCCUGGUUCAAUUUGACGGAGCAGGGACAUCUGAUGGGGACAGAAUACUGGUAAUUGGCGCAACAAACAGACCCCAUGAGAUCGAUGAGGCUGCAAGACGCAGGCUGGUAAAGAGGAUUUAUGUUCCUUUGCCCGAGAAUCUAGGCAGAAGGCAAAUGGUAGAGCACUUGAUAAAGGAGUAUAGAAAUACCCUUGAACAUGCAGACCUGAAUGAGGUGGCCAAGAUGACUGAAGGAUACUCCGGAUCAGAUAUCUUUAAUUUAUGCAGGGAGGCUUCAUUGGAGCCAUUAAGAGAAAUUGAUGACAUCGAGGACUUCAAAAGUGAAGAUACAAGGCCAAUCUCUCUUGAAGAUUUCAGGAAGGCUACAAGGCAGAUAAAAAAGAGCGUUUCCGAAAGGGAUCUCGAGAUCUAUUCCGAUUGGAACACCAAGUUUGGAUCUGUCUCAUAG